UCAGUUUCACACGUACACGUCCGGAACGGAAUCCAGUCAACAUGUCGCGGUUUUUCACGUAUAUCGCGUCCGCUGUGCUGUGUUUUAGCUUAGUUAAUACUAACAAUGCUCUUAAAUUUUAUCAGGAAAAGAACUUUCAUGAAGCUCAAGAAUUAACAGACCAGGACAUUAGAAACAUAGCCGCCAUGUCUGACAUGACACAUUUUAGAACUGUCCUUGACAAGAUCAUGAUCCCUAGAGUGGUUGCGACACCCAACCAUGCCAAAGUGAACAAGUUCAUCAAGAAAGAGAUGACUGCUCGAGGUUGGAAUGUGACAGAAGAUGCAUUUGAUGAUCAUACACCAGUUUUUGGCACAUUGCGAUUUAAGAACAUAAUUGCCACAUUGAAUCCAAAUGCAGACAGAUAUUUGGUGCUGGCAUGCCAUUAUGACAGUAAACAUACGAGGGAACAUGUGUUUAUUGGUGCAACAGAUUCCGCAGUACCUUGUGCCAUGAUGAUAAAUCUAGCCAAAGUAAUGGGCCCAAAGCUAGAGAAAUUAAAGCAGGCCAACCUGAGUCUCAUGUUCAUAUUCUUUGAUGGAGAGGAGGCCUUCCGGCAAUGGGGGCCUACAGACUCCAUCUAUGGCGCACGGCAUUUGGCCAAGCAGUGGCAUGGAAUGUCUUAUAAGGAUGGCGCUAAUCAUUUGCAGAGGAUGGACGUCCUAGUGCUUCUAGACCUCCUAGGCGCCCCAGACCCAGUGUUCUACAGCUACUUCCAGUCGACAGAGAAGUGGUACGUGCGGCUGGCGAGUGCAGAACAGCGGCUGGCUGAGCUGGACCAGCUCGGAGGCUACACUAAGGGCAGGGCGGAGCAGACCUACUUCAGGCUGUCAAGCUCCAGGUCUUUUGUGGAAGAUGACCAUAUCCCGUUCUUGAGGAGAAACGUGGACUGCCUCCACAUAAUCCCAUCCCCGUUCCCCGACGUGUGGCACACCGCCGGCGAUGACGGCUCGGCGCUGGACUUCACCACCAUCGAGAACCUCAACAAGAUCAUGCGAGUGUUCGUGGCAGAGUACCUGCACACGCAGGCCUAGCGGUACAACCGAUGGCGGCUUUGGAGGGUUAUACCUACUUAAUCAGUUAUUUCGAAUUAGACAUUCCUACAAUGAAGUUGCCGUUUAAGAGCCUUCGAUGUUAUUUUCCUUUAUAAAGGACAACAGUUUUGGACCGUGCAAUAAAUUUGACAUCAAAUUUGGAUGUAUGAUAUUAUUGUCCUUUAAAAAAGACAUGCUUUUGGAACAACGAAAAUCCAUGGAUUCUAUCAACGAGACCUUUACCCAGGUCAUGCGAGUGUUUGUAUCGAAGGACACGUAGGCAAAGGCCAUACUACGAGUAUGCUCUGGCGUCUGUGUAAGGUCAGGUCAGGUCAGGUCUUGUAAGUCUUGUAACUUAGUGUUCUACAUUCCGAAUUAAUUAAAAAUAUAAAUGUUUGUGAGUUUGACUACGGGAUGUCUGGUACACUUAAUUGGUUGUGUAUGAAGGAUUUUAUAAUAAUUUAUCUGAUUGUGGUGUCAGAUACAGAUUUUGUCAAUGGAUUUUUCGCAGUACUAUAUGAACAUUAUGAAUGUUUGUUGUAUUGUACUUAAAUUGAGUCUUUUCAAAAGUGCUUAUUUCUCUAUAAACACGAUACAAAUAUAAGCCCUUUUAAAAACUGUAGUAAAAUUUACAGUGAUAUUAUGUUUUAUUUGUUCGCUUUAAUAAAUGAUUAUACACAGUUAUCUAAUAAAAAUUAUCAAGUGUACUAAUUAUGUGUAAAUUAAGUAUAAGUAAGUACCAACUUCAAUUUUAUGUCGUCUGAUGCAAAUUAUCUAGACAACUGACUAUUUAUAAUAAAAUUCUUUAAUUUAAAGAAAAUAGAAAAUAAAUAGGUACAUGGAGGAUUACUUUAUGACAACAGCUCUUAAC